AUGGGAAGAAAACUCUUGUUUAGUUUUUCACUUCUGUUUUUGUGCAUGUUGUUUGCAGCCACUUUGGACCAGAUACUUGCCAGGAAGAAUGUAGGUUCUCAAGCGUCUUCAAGUAAAGAAGUGAUUAUACGGAGUGGUCAAGAAAAUAGCGGAGAGGUGAAGCCAGUCCAGAAUUUCACAAUACCGAUCACACAGACUUUCAACUACAAUCUGAGCAAAACCCUUUGGAGUACAUUCAGUCAUCACAAUCCUGUUAAGUUCUCCAGGGAUGGAGUCCCCUGCAUCCUCUUCUGGACUAAGAGAAUCACAGUUAAAUUCAAGAAUCAGACCUGGCUGGAUCUCACAGAUGAAGCACCUGGCCAAAACACAACAGUAGACACUGGCAACUCAAACUGCAAUGAAGAAAGUGCCAUGUUGUCUUUAAGGUUUGGUGAUGCUGAAAAUCCCAAGGAUAUUGACAUAAGGCUCACCCUAACCAAUUACAACAAAUUGUCCAGUCAGAGCUGGUUUAGUUUACACCGAGUCGAGAUCAUCUUCAACAACUCAGUGCAAGCAAGUUUUAAUGCAACUGGUAUAUACGCUCUGUCAAGUUACUCCUACCGCUGCCAGCGAGUCAGCAGUCUGCGGAGAAAUGAUGCUCUAAUGUUGCUUAGCAGCUCUGACGAUGUGACAAGCCUGUGGGAGGUCACAUUUAUUGAUUUCCAGAUCCAAGGCUUCUCCAUCAAGGGGGCCCAGUUUGCCCAGGCCAGAGACUGUGGCUCUGCCUUCUCACCCGCUGUUCUCAUUGGCCUGGCCAUGUCUCUGAUACUGUUGCUGGUGCUGGCCUAUGCCCUGCACAUGCUCAUCUACCUGCGCUAUCUGGACCGUCACUAUGAGUUCAUCACAUCUCCUGCCCACUUCCCACCUCUGAGAGAGCUAGAUACAGGGGAGGAGAAGGAGCUGCUGGGGAGCCAAGGAGCUGAAUGCUACGAGCUGAGGAGCCAACAGAUCUGCAAAAUCUAUAUUUAGCAGCAUAAGUUUCUGUUUCCUCACCAGGGCCACAGCCA